AUGGCGGAGCCACAACAAACUCAGAAACUCGUACGAGAUGAGGAGGAGCCUAUUAAUGCUGAAAAGGUAGAACUGGAAGAGACAACGCAGAACCUGUCCGUGGAAUAUCCGAGAGGCUUGAGAUUGGCGCUUAUUUUGUUAUCCUUGUAUCUCUCUGUGUUUCUUGUGGCCCUGGUAAUGUUGUGGGAUCGAACAAUUCUCGCCACAGCUAUUCCAAAAAUUACGGAUGAAUUUCAUAGCCUCGACGACAUUGGAUGGUACGGGAGCGCAUUUCUCCUACCGGCCUCAUCUCUCGUGCUUCUAUUGGGCAAGUUAUAUGCGAUUUUGAAUCCAAAAUGGGUAUUCAUUGUCCUUGUAAUGCUAUUUGAAAUUGGCUCGGCGCUCUGCGGCGCGGCUCCCAACUCACCUGCUUUGAUAAUCGGACGUGUCGUUGCGGGACUGGGAGCGGCCGGGAUAUUCUCUGGCGCUGUCAUUAUCCUAGUUGGAAUCGUACCAUUAGAAAAGCGGCCUUUGUAUCAAGGCCUGUUUGGAGCUGUUUUCGCUGUUUCUUCAGUUGCUGGACCAUUACUUGGGGGUGUUUUCACUGACCGGGUGUCAUGGCGUUGGUGUUUCUACAUUAACCUCCCAUUCGGUGGCGUAACAUUGUUAGUACUUAUUUUAUUCCUAGAUAUUUCCAGGCCCAAGGAGCAGCAGAACCUCGACUUUUAUGGCUUCAUUCAACGUAUAGAUCUUCUGGGCACCGCAUUCUUCCUACCUAGUAUAGUAUGCUUGUUGCUUGCUUUCGAAUGGGAAGGAACAACAUAUGCAUGGGGAAAUGACCGCAUCAUUGCUCUCUUCAUUCUUGCCGGCUUUUUUUUUGUUGCGUUCAUACUUUCGCACUUUCGACGAACGGAGUACCUCACAAUCCCUGGAAGGAUAGCGUUUCAACGAAGCGUUGCCGCUGCAUUCAUCAUUACCAUCUGCAUUGGGUCGACCCUCAUGGUUAUGGCGUACUACAUUCCCAUCUGGUUUCAAGUAGUCCAAGGCGCUUCGGCAGUUGGCUCUGGUGUGCGGCUAAUCGCAAUGGUCUUGGCAAUGGUCGUUGGGAGUGUCGCCGGUGGUGGUAUCACGUUCCGAUCAGGUUACUAUACGCCAUGUAUGAUCGCAUCUACGAUCAUUAGCGCUGUUGGUUGUGGUAUGAUUUCCACCUGGAAAGUCAACUCCUCAACAGGCAUCUGGGUUGGCUACCAGAUUCUCUUCGGUUUCGGCCUUGGUCUAGGUAUGCAACAGCCCAACAUGGCUGUUCAGACUAUACUGCCCAAGAAAGACAUUUCGACCGGUGUGAGCUAUCUCUUUUUUGGGCAGAGCCUUGGAGGGUCGGUAUUCUUGUCUAUUGCGCAGAAUGUCUACUUAGAAAAGUUGGUUCAUGAACUUCGUGAUACUAUUACCAAUUCAAACUUCAAUCCGGCCGCUUUGACCUCUGCUGGCGCAACGCAAAUAAGAAAUAUCGUACCUCCGUCGAUUCUGCCGCAAGUUCUUGAGAUUGAGAACACCGCGUUAAGGAGCGCCUUCUACAUUGCGGUUGCAACUAGUGCCUUUUCUUUUCUACCGUCUCUGUUCAUGGAGUGGAAGAGUAUUAAGAAUGGUGAAGGCCAAGGGGAAAAGAUGAAAGAAGUAGCAGGAGAUGCAAAUGAAAAUAAAGACCCUUGA